GGAUCUGAGCGUUGUUUUUGUCUAUACAUAAACACAACAGAUGGCAGUAUUUUGAGGUAAGAUUCUCCAAGAAAUGCGAUUGCUCUUCUACGACGAUCGAUCGGGUUGUUGAAUGGUGUCGACAGGCUGGCCCGCUUGCCACAUUCGUCGCUACACAGCAGAGAGCAGAGUGGAGGGGAGGCGAGCGCUCCCCUUGCGUCGGUCCGGUUGCAGGAUUGAGGAGCACCCUGCUAGCCACGGUGCUCUGCUCUGUUUCGCUUUGUCCUGUUCUUCUUUCCUUCUUUUUGUCUGGGUCGCACUGGUGUCACGGACUGGUUGAAAUCGGCGACCAACGGUCCGUGCACCGGUCAUAGAUCACCUUUAGUAUUCAAUUUGUCGGCCGAGGUGGAAACCGGCCCCGAGCACUUAUC